AUGGACAUGGACACACGAUGGAACGGAACGAGUGUGAGCAACAAAUGCAGCUCGACAUGUGGCAGUGGAAGUUGUUUGCUGGCUCUUGUGGAGCUUGACGCGACUCUGAAGCUCUGGCAUGUUCGAAUUGGCAGCAGUGGAGAUGCAAUGGCAGCAACUCGAGCUCAAACUGUUCGUCCUCUGCAAGGAAGCCUGGCGAUGGGUAAAUUGUGGGUCAGUGAAGAUCGUCCGACUGCCGGCUGA